GUUCCUAAGGAAUUUCUGCGUUGAUUGCUUGGGUUACUGCAUACGAACGGAGCUGGUAUUGUUAUGGGGAUAUAGAUUUCCUGUACUGGACUGUAAAUUUGCACAAAUACUUAUUCCAGCAAUAAUCAAGAGGCACCGCAUAUUAGCCCAAUAUUAGACAUUGGUUGGCCCGUCUUUCAAAGUCAUUUUAUUAUCCAGUGUUUCUCCAUUCAGACUGGCUUCACUCAUUAAAGCUGCACAAACCAUGCAGGAUGAUUUACUGAUGGACAAAAGCAAAGCCCAGCCCCAGCAGCAGCGGCAGCAGCAGCAGCAAGAUCCAAACGCAGCAGAACCCCCUUCUACACCCAUCUCAUCAGAGACGUCUAAACCGGAGGACAGCAGCCCAGUGACUAGUAUCGGCACAGCAACUUCUGUCCAAAAUAGCAAGGAGAAGAUGCAGAUGGAGUCCCCCAUCUUGCCUGGCUUGAGUUUUCACCAGCCUCAGCAGGAACCUACACCCGGCACCUCCUUGUCUCCGUCCUUCGGCAGCACCUGGUCUACAGGGACCACAAACACAGUGGAUGAUAGUUUUUUCCAAGGGAUUACCCCAGUCAAUGGCACAAUGCUUUUCCAGAAUUUCCCUCACCAUGUCAACCCUGUGUUUGGUGGCACUUUCUCUCCCCAGAUCGGCCUAGCUCAGACUCAGCAUCACCACCAUCAGCAGCAGCAAGCCCAACAGCAGCAGCAAAGGAGAUCACCUGUGAGUCCCAAUCAGGCACCUUUUGCCCAGAGAAAUGCUGCUUACAGCCAUCAGCCCAUUAUGACCAGCAAACCGUCUUCCUCCUCUGCCUCUUCCUCUUCCUCCUCCAGCUGGAAUAACCACCAAAAUGCAGCCUGGAGUACACCUUCCAACCCCUGGGGUGGGUUGCAAGCUGGCAGGGACCCUCGAAGGGCAGUAGGAGUGGGGGUUGGGGUAGGAGUGGGGGUUGGGGUGCCUUCCCCCCUCAAUCCUAUUUCACCCCUCAAAAAACCUUUCUCCAGCAAUGUCAUUGCCCCUCCGAAGUUCCCACGGGCUCCACCCUUAACCCCCAAAUCCUGGAUGGAGGACAAUGCCUUCAGGACCGACAAUGGCAACAGUCUGUUGCCUUUUCAGGACCGGAAUAGGCCCUAUGACACUUUUAACUUGCACUCUUUGGAAAAUUCCUUAAUGGAUAUGAUAAGGACUGAUCAUGAGCCUCUGAAAGGUAAACACUACCCUCCCAGUGGCCCACCAAUGAGUUUCGCAGAUAUAAUGUGGAGGAAUCAUUUUACAGGGCGUAUGGGAAUAAACUUCCAUCAUCCAGGAACAGAUAAUAUUAUGGCUCUUAACACCAGGAGCUAUGGGCGGAGAAGAGGUCGGUCUUCACUCUUUCCUUUUGAAGAUGGCUUCCUAGACGACAGUCACGGUGAUCAGUCUUUAUCAUCGGGUCUCAGCUCUCCAACUCGCUGUCAGAAUGGUGAAAGAGUGGAACGCUAUUCUAGAAAGGUGUUUGUUGGAGGUCUGCCUCCUGACAUUGAUGAAGAUGAAAUCACUGCCAGCUUUCGUAGGUUUGGACCUCUUGUGGUGGACUGGCCUCACAAAGCUGAAAGCAAGUCAUAUUUUCCACCUAAAGGUUAUGCCUUUUUGCUGUUCCAAGAGGAAAGCUCUGUACAAGCGCUGAUAGAUGCCUGUCUGGAAGAAGAUGGAAAACUUUACCUAUGUGUGUCAAGCCCCACCAUCAAGGACAAACCGGUGCAAAUUCGACCUUGGAACCUAAGUGACAGUGAUUUUGUAAUGGAUGGUUCUCAGCCGUUGGACCCAAGAAAAACUAUCUUUGUAGGGGGAGUUCCACGUCCCCUCCGAGCUGUUGAACUGGCAAUGAUUAUGGACCGUUUAUAUGGAGGUGUCUGCUAUGCUGGCAUUGAUACGGACCCAGAAUUGAAGUACCCAAAAGGUGCUGGCAGAGUGGCUUUCUCCAAUCAGCAGAGCUAUAUUGCUGCUAUUAGUGCUCGCUUUGUCCAGCUCCAACAUAAUGACAUUGAUAAACGGGUGGAAGUGAAGCCAUAUGUGUUGGAUGAUCAGAUGUGUGAUGAAUGCCAGGGCACUCGCUGUGGUGGAAAAUUUGCUCCGUUCUUCUGUGCCAAUGUUACCUGUUUGCAGUAUUACUGUGAAUACUGCUGGGCAAGCAUCCACUCUCGUGCUGGGCGAGAGUUCCACAAACCACUGGUGAAGGAGGGAGGUGACCGGCCACGCCACGUUCCAUUCCGCUGGAGCUGAACCCUAUGCUUAAACCCAGCAGCAAGUACUGGAGUAGAUAAAAUCGAGGGGAAAAGAAGAGAACGCUGCCUCAGGGCUUAGUGUUCUGGAAAUCUGUGCAUUUGUCCUCGACUUUAACGAAGAUAUGGGUCUUUUUAUUACUAUUAUUAUUAUUUACAGUCACAUUACUGAACUCAGUGUCCAGUAUAAUAUAAACCGGCAGAGUGUAACUGUACUGAUUUUGCACUUUGAUUCACACAAACAUCUGCUUGGUACCUUAAUUUCCUACAUAAGACUUGUCACUAGUGACAUUACGUAGACUGCCAUUCUCAUCAGCCACCACUGGGUUGAUGUGUAUGUGAUGAAGAUUUUUUAUUAUAAUUAUUAUUUUUAUUUUUGAACUGGAGCAUGCACUUAUUUUCAGAAACUUAGACUUGCCCCUAGCAGAUGACUUACCAAAGGUAAUACUCACAAAUAGGUGGCAGAUGUAGCAAAAACUUAAACAGAUAUUCAGCAAUCAUUAGUUUGGGUCAUUUAGAGGUAGGAAUAACCCUUAAAGAAAAUAAGCCUUUAGUUGCUCUCCAUUUUGACUUGUAAGGAUGAUACCUCAUAAGCUGGAUCAGAUUUUUUUUUCCUUGUUUUGCUGAGGGUUUUUUGUUUUGUUUUUUAGGUCUUUUAGUGUUAUGUAAAUGUAUGCUGCAAUAGCUUUUGCUGCUAUUAAAAUGGUAUUACUAAUACCAUAAUACUCUAUUCAGGCUAGGGUAUCAAUUUAAAAAAAUGAAUAUGUGAUUAAAAAUAGAGUGGCUGCUGAAAGGAGAUCAGUAUAGCAUACAGAAAGCUUCCAAGGAAGGUCAAUAUUUUUGACUGCAUGUUUACUUAAUCAGGUUGCUGCAUGCAAUAAAUUUUAUAUAUGUCUAAUAUAAAACCUGCCCACAAUGCACAAAUUAAGAAUCUAUGUAAAGGAAAAAAUGAUUACUGACUGGAGGAAGGCAUGCCUCCGUAAAUGUAAUGCUUCUGAAAUUAGGAUCAGCCCAUUACAGAAUGACCUAUAUUACAGCAAAUAUAAAAAGUAGAUGUAGGAUAUUCUUAAAACAAAUUUGUGGAUGGUAGAUGAAGUACUUUGCGGUGCUCUGUUAUAUAUUGUGCAAUUUAUUUUAUAUAGUAAAGUGAUUAUGUCUAGUACUGUGAUCAAACUUAACUGUUAAAGCCUCAUAUCCAACAUUAACACACUUUUGACAGUUUAUAACAGGCAUAUAAACAAAAACAUGAGCUCUUAGUUACAAUAUCUCUCCUAAUGCUUGCACCAUUUCUGUAGCUGCAGACCUUGUCCAGAGAACCAAAGAGCUCAUACUAGCUUACAUACACUAUUGAUUAGAUAGACUGUCAAACUGAGAAACUAGGCACAUUUUUAAGAAAGUUAGGAAAAAGUGGGGUGCUAAAGAAAUGUCUGCACACAAGUUAAUAUGAGGUGUCUGCUUUCUGGGUAUGGCGUUAACUCUUUGAUCCCUGGAUGUAUCCUGUGAUGCUUGAAUACAAUUAAGACCUGCUAACACAGUAGACAUUUAUUUAGCAUGUCCUAUGGGACUGUAGAUAAUAGCAUAAAAACACACUUGGUGUACUUAUGAUUGUGAGACUGUGUACACUGUUCCCCCUCCUCCCUCCUUUGUUUUGCAGUUCUGGGGACAAUCUGACUGGAUAUGACACCGCAUAGUAGAUUUAAAUGUUCUGGGUUUUGUUUGUUGUGAUGUCCUUGUUUGUGUCUAAUUUAGUAAGAUUUUUUUUUGUCAACGUGUAGUUGCAAUUAUUGGCUUUGAAAGAAACUUUUCUGUUUUUGAAAAAAGAAAAAUAGUUUUUUACUGGUUUAAAAUGCUUAUUAUAAUUAUCCCUUUCAAGGUUACUUCUGGGCUUUUUGGUGAUAUUGUUUUUUCCAGCCCAGAUGUCUUUUUUUUCAUCUGUAAAAGACAUUUUGUUAUGCACUACUUUUUGUAUCUAGACAGUUUUCAACAGUCGGCCAAUGAUUUUUUUUAAAGAAAAAGGCAUGCUUUCUGACUGACAUGAUCUUUUGCAAUACCUCAAUUUUGAAAUAUAGGAAAGAAAAUGAUAUUUUCUAAGUAAGUUUAUUCAGAAAAAUAUAUAUUAAUUUAAUUCUGCAAGAAAAUGAUUUAACAGAUGGGUAACUUUAUUUUUUUCAUGCUUAUUUGCGUUUUUUGAAAAUGAAGAAGUUAAAGCUUUAUAACUGUAAUAUUAAAGAUCAUAGCUAACCUACAGAAAUCUACCUAAUUAUGUGAAAUAAGUAAACCUUUUUGAAGAAAUUCCCCUCUUUCAUGUAGACACACACCCCAGAGAGAGAGAGAGAGACAGAUGAAGAUGUACAGUACUGCAUAAAGUUGGAUUAAAACUAAACAACAAAGUUGUCGUAAAGAAAAUGUGUAAACACAAACUCCAUUUGGUGCUGAAAGUUGUGAAUAGAAGGUGAAGAAAUAUUUUCCCUUAAUUUGUAUAUUUAUAAUCAAGUGUGAUUAUGCACGACUGACCAGAAUUGUGAGAGUUCUUCUGUUUGUAUUUUUUAAAGAGAACUUUUUUAGUUUAUUAAAUUAUAACAUGCUCCCUUUUGUUUUGUACAUGAAUGUGCCCCUGAGUUAUUAAUGUUCUAUUAAGAGGGUCCUUCAAAAAAAAUAUUUUUUAAAAUAAGGUGUUCUGAACUGCAACUUGAUUAAGAAGCCCCUGGGUACAACAGGUCCUAUUGUGGCCUUUUCUGUUGUGAGACUUGAACUAGUCGAUUUUUUUGAAGGCUAACCUAACCUCGACUAUUUGUUGUUAUGUGCAAUACUGUUUGUACUGUUUGUAUAUAAAAAAAAGAAAAAUGAAAAGAAAAAAGGCAUAAAUCUUUAUUGCAGAUUUAUUUUCAUUG